UCGUCGACUGAAACUUUCCUAUAAAUAUAUGAGGUUCUCGCUUCUCUUUGACAGUAGUUGUGUGAUUUGCAACGCUUUCAAUCAGCCAUCUAACAGACUCACACCUAAUAAUAUCCUUAUCGCUCUUCAAGAUGGAAACCAACACUUCAUCGGACUUCUCAAGCCAGUCCAGCAAUCCUAUCUUGACACCGCGGACAACCUCUGCCACUCACAACACCGGCAUCUUUGGUAACAACGACAAGCACGAGUCUACAGCUAGUUCGCACAACAAUAGCCCGUCAAUGCCAACCACAAGUCCAAAGCCCGAGGAGAUCCAAACUGAGCCAACUGCAGCACGCAAUUCCGACAUUCUUGCAUCUGCCGUCACCUCUUCAAGCUUCGAUGCGGACAGCUCGCUGCAUGGCCGUUUCCAAGACGCACCCCACCAGCACCCCAAUCCCUACAGCCGCAUCGGUUGUUACACCGUCAAGGCCCAGCAGCUGAUUGACAACUUUGACCAGCGGUUCGACCCCGAACACAACACCAUCGAUAAACCCGUUUAAUUCCCUUCAAUGUCGAGACAGCAUCAUAAAGUUUGCGCGAACUUCACACCGAACAACUGCCAUGAGCGGGCAAGAGGACCCCUUUUUUUUUUUUUUUUUUUUUUUUUUUUUUGCAUUACGAUCAUGGUGUUUCUUUUUAUCCAAAUGAGCUUUGCCGCUCUAUUUUUCUCCUUGGUGCCUCCGCUUAGAUGAUGGUCAACACAAGUUGUUUGACAGGUACCUAGAUGUCUGGGUCCAAUGCAGAGCCAGCGAUAUUAUGACUUACACAAUCUGUUCUUUCCUGGUUUUAUAGAGUGGGGACGAAUGGCCGAGAUCGACUGGGGUAGCGAGGGUAGAUGAAACUUGACGGUUGUCAUUUGCGGGGUAUGAACAGCUGGAAGAACACGUGGGGGGCAAGUUUGCACUUCUUUCGGUGUUUUGCAUAGCGGCCGUUGUCGUUCUUGCACUUGCAGAGAGAGAAUUGGCACACCGUUCUUGGGAAGGCCACUAUGUCACGGUUCUGGAAGA